GAAUGAGGCGAUCAUUUGGGUCGAAUUAACGGAGCCAUAAAUACGGCCCGUGCAACGGAAAGCUGCAAUUGUUUAGUUGUAACAUGCUGCACAAGACAACAAGAAUUUUAACCUCAAUGACUUUGCUCCCUCUUUUAACCACUUCUUAUGCCAUGAACUGCGAUGAGAUAUUGGAGAUGCCCGUUGACAGGAAAUUGUCUCUGCAGGAGCUACAGAUGAUUCCGCCGAAAGAUAUGGUACAAUGUAUGGCCCACCUGAGCCGAGAGCAGAUGAAGAAUGAGGAAGCGUCAUAUAUUUGGACGACACUCAUUGAUCACUUCGGAGGCGUAGCUAACGUGCCUGACAACAUUCUUAUGCUGCUCCACUGGGUGACUCCUGCCAUCCCUCCGGAGCAUUUCUCUAACAUGACUUUAAGUAGCAUCGACGUGAUAGAAAACUUCGGUCUGAACUACAACUUGAAUGAGAAUCAAAUUGCUGCCCUCGCUGACCGGGUGCGUGAAGACUUUGCCGGAAAGGAGCCAGAAGAUUACACAUACUAUGAUUUGACCGCUUUGCGUCAAAUAUUGUGCGGUUUCAACAGAAGUGAAAUCGAGCGGAUCCAUCCGGCGGCGUACAGAGAAGCCGCUCUGAUAAUAAGUAAGCUGGAGCGCUGUAAUCCUGCCGUGUUGGCGGGGUUUGCGACACUUGCGGUCCAGGAGGACGCGUUCGGGCCGCCUGCUUCGUGGUCAGAGUCCACCUGGGAAGUCGUGGGCAGUCAGACAGUCGGAGAGUACGUCGGUGCAAAAGGACCUCAGCGACCCACCGUCGUCACCGCUGCUCCUUCUAACAACACUACAUAUUAAUUAGUUUUCACAAAUGAAGUACAAGUCAACUCGUUAAAACUAUAGGUAUUAAAUAGAUAAUAUGCAGCUGUUUGAUAGAGGUUAAAUAUUAUGUUUAGCUUGUCAACAAGGAAAUAGCCUGUUUAGUUUAUGGCUAUUGUAGCAUAAAACUGUUUUUUAACCAUUUCAAGAUGGUCGGAAUAAACCGGAAUAGGUAAUAAGUAAACAACUUGUGAAUUCUCUAUUACAAUGUAGCCAAAAUAAUACUUACUCAACCAAAUGUAGCCGCGUCAUAAAUUCAUGUUUUAUUUUAUGUGCA